GACAGCCAUAAUCUGAAAAUAAGAGAAUAUCAUAGUUUUUAACAAGAGUUUCGUCUCUAUUAAACUAUUCUGUGGUGAACGAUCCAAUAGAAUUCCUUUAACUGCAUGACGUUUCGGUGAGUAACGAGUCGAACUGUUGGGGGCGUUUGCUAACCGUUGCUGCAUACACUUUGCUCUGCUUUGCACUUGACGGCUCUCGUGUGUGUUCAGCGUUGCGAGAAGAAAACAUUGUUUUCGAUCCGAGCGCGGAUACAGAUCCCGAUCAUUGUGCGAAAAUGACAUCCCGCAUGGAAAAAGAACGUGCCAAACAAAUACAAGAAAAGUGUCAAAACCUUUUGACGCAGAUGCUGCGCGACGAAGACAACAAGUAUUGUGUCGACUGCGAUGCAAAAGGACCAAGGUGGGCUAGUUGGAAUUUAGGUAUAUUUCUAUGCAUUCGUUGUGCUGGAAUACAUAGAAACCUCGGAGUCCAUAUUAGCAAAGUUAAGUCUGUUAACUUGGACACAUGGACACCGGAACAAGUAGUGAGUUUACAGCAAAUGGGUAAUUCUAGAGCGAGAGCAGUGUAUGAAGCAAAUAUUCCAGACAGUUUUCGAAGACCUCAAACAGAUAGUAGUCUUGAGAGUUUCAUUCGUGCAAAAUAUGAACAUAAAAAGUACAUAGCUAGAGAAUGGGUGCCACCACCUUUACCAAAGGUAAAUUGGGAUAAGGAACUUGAUGAAGAAGCAGAAAGACAACGUAGACGAAAAAAGGAGAAUUCUAAAAGCACUAAUAACCAAUCUAUACUUCCGCCAGUAAAGAAACCAGAAGUAGUACCUCAGUUGCCAAAACCUAAAAGUUCUGUCAGUCCUAAACCUAAUAGAGCAAAUAAUACUGCAACUUUAGAUUUGUUGGGCCUAGAUGCUCCAGCUGCAAAUCAGUCAAAUGUAAAUGGUAGUGGAGAUGAUGUAUUUUCUUCCUUUUUAUCUGCACCCCCUGCUUCAGUAGUUUCAAGUAGUAGUACUUCCAGCACAACUACAAGCACAGCAGCAAGUAUCGGUAAAAGUGAAGAAGAAAGUUUCUUUGAUCAACCAGCACCAUCACCUCAAGAAAAAAGUAAAAUGACUAAAGAUAGUAUUUUGGCCUUGUAUGGUACAUCCGGACAUCAACAAUCAGCAAUUUAUGGAAUUCCAGGUGGAAUGUAUGGUCAACAAUCUACUGUUCAAUAUAAACAAGUACCAAACAUGGUAACGUUUGGUCAGCAAAAUAGUUUUCCAAAUCAACAAAGUUCCUUGACUCAACUUAAUCACCUUCCUACUCAGAUAUCUAUUGCAACUAAUCAGUUACCAAUCAAUCAGAAUCAAAUAGCAAUGAAUCCUAAUUCGUUAGGACCAGUAGCAACAAGUUCUUUAGGAAAUUGCGUACAUGUAAGCCAGAUAAAUCAAAUUAAUGGCAUUCCUAAUUCUGCUGUUGCAGUGCAACCGCAAAUGAUGAUGCAACUAGGACAACCUAAUAUUAGUAGUAAUAAUGGAUGGAGUGGGAUGUUAACACAGAAUCUGCAACCGGCCCCUGGUAGCAAUCCGUUCUUUAACUUAACAUCUCAACAACAACAGUCUGCUGUCUUUGGUGCUCAGUUACCACAACAAAUCUCGCAACUAUCUCUAGGCGGUACGAAUUUCUCGAGCACACCAGGAAAGUCCACUACCGCUGCUUUGCCCGGGCAAACGCUUUCUACUAAUUUGUGGCAGUAAAAGUCUUACGAAUAUUAUUAGUUGAUUGAUUAUUCCAUUGAGUGUUGUACACUAGUGUCGAACGUUCGUUACGCACCACGAUUAAAUUUCCAUUAUAAAUUGGAAAUUGCUCUGGGACAUAACACAACUAAGACACGAAUAAUAAGUACUCGAAUGCUGCCAUUUUCGAAAAGUAAUUCGCGAGUGUAUACAGUAUUUCGAGUCGGAAAAUAUUUUUCUUCUAAGCUUUGCUAGCUUUCAACGUUAUUGUUGGACAAGUGGUAACUAUGAAUAAAAACGAAUUUUUGACUGAUUGUAAAGAGUUAUUUGUGACGUGCGGUAUAGAUGUACUUGAGAACGUAAUUACUGGAUGCUUUUGUAACCACAUCUAAUGUAUGUCAGGGUCCAUUUUCAUUAUGGCAACAAAUAUUUCAUUAUACUUAAACAAGUACAAGUAUCUUUAGUAUAAUAAGCGUAUUUUGCGACAUGAUUCAUUUUUAUUUAAAAAUACAAACUGACAACGGCACGUUUUCACAAAUGACUAAAACUGUCAGAUAAAUUGUACUGUAUAUUAAAGGGCACUUUACUUAAGAAGUGACCAACAAUUUGAAAAUGCAGACUCGUUUUCUAGUAUGACGUUGUAAUGUUUGUACGCAAUCAAAAUGUAUUAAAUAUUUUAAAUAUUUGGUUGCUAUUUUCGCAUAUAACUAAUAUUAAUUAUUUAAUAGUUAUAAAGACAGUGUCUCGUGUUUAAAAACUUUGCGACACUAUUAUGUUUAUAUUUGAAUAGUGUGUUGCUUAGAGCGUUCAAUUUUAACGUUAAUUACAUAUUAAAGAAUAUUUUAGUAUUUAAUAUUUUUCAACAAGUAUUACUAUUACUUCUUACAUCACUAAAAUGCAUUUACAGUUUUUGUUAAUAUCUAAUGGCUGAGACUUAAUGAUCUAAACGUACGACCGGUACUCUGUUUCUUAUUACGUACAUAAAAUUUACGUAGUAAAUACUUAUGGUUUGCAAUCUCCUCGCAUUUACAGAAACAGUUUAGUAGUAAUUGUCGAUGCUUAAUUAAAGCUAUGCUUAAAAUCAGGUUACGUAUGUUUCUGUAUUAUAAAUUCGUCUAAUUUAUUGCCAUGUAACGAGAUAAAUACUGAAACUUGACAAUAAGUUUUAGACAUAUCUAUCGCGUUCAUGCUGUAUUGUUUUACAUUUUUUUCUUAGUAUUACCAAAUAAUACUAAAUCAUGACGCCACUAAAUACAAAAUGCAUAACACAUUGAAUAAAUUUGUUCACUUAUUCUUAUAAAUAA